GUGUGUGUGUGUGUGUGUGUGUGUGUGUGUGUGUGUGUGUGUGUGUGUGUGUGUGUGUGUGUGUGUGUGUGUGUGUGUGUGUGUGUGUGUGUGUGUGUGUGUGUGUUUGAGAGAGCCUAAUCUAACAUGUUUGUUCUCUGUGUUCGCCAGGUUGCUGCUGCCGACCAGAAGGCUAGCUCACAGAGGGAAAUGAUUCCGCAUGAAGCUGACAGACGCCUCUCCUCCUCUCUCCACGACAACGCCGGGUGUGCCGCUCUCUGCUCUCUGCUGAGCCAGAGCCAGGCGUUGGACAGACGCUGAGCUACCCCUCCCUCUCUACCUCCUACACCCUCCUACCUACCUACCUACCCCUCCACCCUCCUACCUCCCUCUCUACCUCAUACACCCUCCUACCUACCUAACUACCUACCCCUCCACCCUCCUACCUCCCUCUCUACCUCAUACACCCUCCUACCUACCUAACUACCCCCUCCACCCUCCAGUCUCCUGGUCCUACCCACCCACACAACCAGCAGGAGGGCCUAAUCUGUCAAGGAGGAAAACCAGGCCAAGGAGAGAGAGAGAGAGAGACAGAGAGAGAGAGAGACAGAGAGAGAGACAGAGAGAGAGAGAGAGAGAGAGAGAGAGAGAGAGAGAGAGAGAGAGAGAGAGAAAGAGAGAGAGAGAGAGAGAGAGAGAGAGAGAAUGUGAACGAGGCAGAAACAUAAAUAGAGCAGAAAGAGAACUAGAGAGUUAGUGUGAAAAGAGAGACAGGCACACCUGCCGUUGCCGUGGGAGCAACGCGUGUCUAUGUGACAGAAAGUGUAGAGAGAAAAGACAACAGUAUGAAGUCCAACCAUGAGCGCAGCAACGAGUGUCUGCCCCCCAAGAAGAGAGAUUUCACAGCCAGCACUGCAGAUGACAGGCCCCUGUUGAUGGCGCCCACUGGCGAGACCCAGCGAGGAGAGAACCUGACAUGGCUGGCCAGCGUAGCUGGCGGGCACAACAGAGACAUUAGCGGAGGUAACGGGGAUGGCGGUAGAGGUGGGCAGCGUAACAGCACUCCCUGUGAGUCUGACGUGCCCCAGUACAAACCACUAUGCUCCACCAUUACCACCCACUCAGACUUCCUGGUCCCUUCCUCCAUCUGUUCCUCGUCUUCAUCACAUCAGUCCAGAGUGGUGACCGCAUCGCUACCUGCCAUGUACAGCUCUCCUCUGUCCCAACCAGGGGGGACCAUCCACUACACCCAGCUUCCCCACAACCUUCAGUUUAUCAGUUCCCCUUUUACAGGCCCCUACGCUGGCUACCUCUCCUCCCAGCCCCCCCUUCUACCCACCUCCACAUCCCAACGCUCCCACCCUGACCCCUACCCCAACACCACCAUCACCUCCAAGCUGGACCAGCACCACUCUGUGGGUUUGGGUCGCCCCCCACCCCAGUCCCUACCCCCAGGCCUGGCUGUAUCGGACACUGGCCCCCAGUACGUCCAGCUCUCUGGUUCCUCUCAGAGCGUGGCCCCCCGGACUGCCCCCUUGCCCCACGGAGGGACCCACCACCUGCACCAUGACCCCCACCACACCCUGGCCUUCAGCGGGGGCUCCCAGAUGCGAGUACAGUAUGCAGGCUCCGGCUCCGAGGGGCCCCUGACUAAGAGAGAGGAGGGCCGGCCCAGAGAGCUGCACAAUGGAGAGCUGGAGAAGAGGGGCCGCUUUGAGAGGAAGGAAAGCAAAGGAGCCCCAUCCUCAUCCUCCUCUUCUUCCUCCUCUUCCUCUCAUCACCAGCUCCACCAGCAGCAGAGCUCCCACCAUCACUAUGAGACCUAUACCUCCCAUGAUGCCUCAGGGCUACGGACCUCUCUCAUGCUCGUCCCCAACAGUCACGGAGGACAAGACCACCAGAGUCCCGAAAGACUACCCCUCUCCUCUGCCUUGCACCCAGAGAAAGGCAGCCUCCUCCUGGGUAAACCUGUGUACCGCACCUCUUCCUCCACCUCCUCCACGUUCACCUUUCCCUCUGCGCUCAAUGUGGAGAGUCUUAAGGCAGCCGUCAGCUCCCUGUCCCCCCACACUCACACAGUCAUCCAGCCCACACACAACGCCAGCGAUGCAUCGCCCCUCUCCCUAGGCCAACUCUCCGCCAACUUCUACCAGGCUGGCCCAGGUGGGCAGCCCAUCAUCGGCUAUCUGUCUGGGGGUGCAGGGGGGCAACAGUACCACACCAGUCUGUCCCAGCACCUGCUCAUCCCAGGGGCCUCAGGGUCUCAACCUAUCAUCAUCCCCGUCAGUGGGGCCGGGGUCACCAGCCUGGAGGCUGGCCAUACUGCCCACAUAGCCACCACAAGCCAACCACAGCCCUUCCCUGCCACACUCCCCCACGCCUACGUCGCCGCCACCACUAACCCCAGAGAGGAGCAUCUAUUUGAGGUCCCGGCCCCCUAUCCUCCUCUGUCCCACCCUGCUGGUGCAGGGGGGAGCAUGGUCCAGGCCCAGCUACACCUCCCGGUGGUCCCAACCCCCCAGGCCCCCUCCUCAGCCACCUCCUCGGCCCCCUCAGGCUCCUCGCUGCCCGCCUACUUUAUCAAGGGCUCCAUCAUCCAGCUGGCGGACGGGGAGCUGAAGCAUGUGGAGGACCUGAAGACGGACGACUUCAUCCAGAGCGCUGAGAUCAGCAGCGAGCUGAAGAUAGACUCGUCCACCGUAGAACGCAUCGACGACAGCCACACCUCCAACUUCGCCAUCGUACAGUUCUCCGUGGGCGAGCACCGCGCUCAGGUGAGUGUGGAGGUGCAGGUGGAGUAUCCCUUCUUCGUAUUCGGCCAGGGCUGGUCGUCGUGCUGCCCGGACCGGACCACUCAGCUGUUAGAACUACCCUGCACCAAGCUCUCAGUGGGGGACGUCUGCAUCUCCCUCACCCUGAAGAACCUGAGGAACGGUUCACUGAAGAAGACCCAGCAGACCCAGAACCAGGCCAUGGAAAUCACUACUAGCUGCAACAUGGGCUCCAUCCACGGGCCCCUCAAACCCUCCAGGUCGUCCCGGGGUGGAAGGGGGUUAGCCAGGCACGGGGAGCAGGAGAACGGGGUGGGCCAUAGAGGCUCCAGUGGGGGAAUGGUGGUUGAAGGUGUUCAGUUCGCCUCAGAGAAUGGGGAACGGAGGUUCGGCGUCGGGGGGGAGGCCAACUUGAAAGGAGGCCAGCCUGGAGAUUCAGAAUCCAGCAGGGGUGCAUCCAAGCCGGCGAGCCGCAAGAGGAGGUGGUCGGCCCCCGAGGGCCGUCAGGUGGAGAGGAGCGAAGAGGUGCCCCAGUUGACUCUACCCAAACCUUCCUUUAUCACUCAGGAGGUAAAAAUCAGCAUCGAAGGCAGGUCAAAUAUAGGCAAGUAGUGAAGGCAGGAGAUUAAAACAAGACUGUAAAUUCAAAUAGGGAUUGGAGGAGAGAUGAAAAAAAGAAAGGAUGCCCUCAUAAAUGUUUUAUUUGAACUACUUUGUUUUAGAUUUGUUUCUUGUUUAUAUUUUCUAUCCGGAUUACUGUAGGCUAAAUUUGACCCAUGUUAUCACCUUACAUUAAUUCCAUGUUAAAAUAACAUUGUAGUAGAUGCGUUCGGCAUUACGUAAACGAGCAAACGGUGCAAUUGCUUAGGGGUUUUUCAACAAAUCUCUGGGCAAGGGGUUUUGUGAAGUAUAGUACAUGUUUUAAUGGUGGGUUUGUGGCAUGCAAGAGCGCUGCUUGAUACCUCUCUGGUCAUUUGAUGGCUGCAGGUGGACAACUGAAUGAAAUAUGUAAGUUAGCUUUCCUAUAGGGCCUAGGACAUGACUAAGCUGCCAUAAUGUAGACCGGUGAGUGAGAUCACUUCCUGGUAGAGGGCACUACUGACGAGAGUGUUCAGGAUGUCUGGACGGAAUCACUCUCCACGCCACCCGUUGCCAUGGUGGCAGACUGAGUUGAUAUGAUGUCAUGUAUCCCGAGCGACUCAAUACGUCUUUAGAUAAAACACAGUAAAAAAGGACUUUAACAAAUUGAAACCCUCAUGAACAGAAGAGGAUGUAUAAUAACACCUUUGUGUGUCUCUGACAGAAGGUUAGAACUACACAUCUAAUCCUAAACAAGGGGUCACCAGAUGCCUCGACACUCAUCCACCUAGACCACUCAGCUAGGUGAUGUCACCCAGCAGGGCCAGACCAGCCAGGCGAGGUCAUCAGGCCGCGCCACUAGGCCACCAUAAAGAGAGAACUCUUCCUUCCUUUGUUAUGUUUGGGUGACAGUGGAGUCAUUAUGUUAUUAUUCUUGAAACGUUCUGAGUUGAUAAUGAUAUAUUUAAAUGAUUGUCUAAAACUUUGAGGUCAGGGGUCACAUACUGUAUGUAUAAUUUGAUCCAGGGUGGUUAAGUAAAGUGUUUAUGUUAUUCCUUUAUACAUACAUUACAAUCCCACUGAGUUGAUGAACUAUGGGAUUAUUCAAAGGAAGAUGAUUUUUACUUGGUGCAACCUUUACAUUUUUAUGGCAGAAAGAAAGAGCUUACGUCUCAAAUGGUCCCCUAUUCCCUAUAUAGUGCACUGCUUUUACUAAGGCUCUAUCCUUAUGGGCCCUAGUCAAAAGUAGUGCACAAUAUAGGGAAUAGGGGCCAUUUGGAACGCAGUCAGAGAGUCACUGUAGAGUCUUUAGAGAGAGACAGUAUGUUGUCUUGAAGCACUUGCAUUUGCACACCUGUCACACUCACCAACUGAUAAUAACACAACUAUUAUUAUUAUUAUUAUUAUUAUUGUUAUUGUUGGUCUCUCUUCAUUAACACAGUACUGUAUGUUUUUGAUAUUUUACCUUGAGGAAGAAGUAGAACUCUGUGACAGCAGCACUUUAGAACAGUGAAGGGGUCAUGAUGAUUUCAUAGGGUAAUGAUGACGUCAUGGGGUCACAAAGUCACUUGACCUUUGACAGGGAUGAAUGUGACAGGUGAUGAAGCGAGUGCCAGUUAGGAGAGGGAAAGAAAGUGAGAAAGAAAACAGAGGAAUAUAGAGGACUAUAUAAUAGCAGAAGAGUUUUUUUUUGUUAAGGCACUUUCCUCCAAUCAGAACAUGCUCUUCAAAAUAUGGGUGUGGUCAAAAAAUGACACAUUACUGCCUUUUCAAGGAACUCAAAAUGUCAAUCAAGUCCAAAAGGAGAUUGGACAAAGGAUGGGAAUAGGCAGGAACUAUGUACAGGUAUGCUGUGGACGAGACGGAGAGAGUUAUAGACGCUCUAGACACAGAAAUGUUGAAGUGUGUCAUAUACAUAAUGUAUGUACGGGAAGUGUGCAUGAAUGUAGGUAUGUGUAAGUACACACACACCAGAGGAGGCUGGUGGGGGUAGCUACAGGAGGACAUGUUCAUUGUAAUGGCUGGAAUGGUAUAGAUAGAACUGAGUCAAACACACUGUUUCCAGGUGUUUGAUGUGUUUGGUAACAUUGCAUUGUUUCCAUUCCAGCCAUUACAAUGAGCCCGUCCUCCUAUAGCUCCUCCCACCAGCCUCCUGUGACACACACGGAAUACAGUACCUACACAGACAGGCACUCUCCUGGAGGUGAGGGAGGACUGUAUGUAUUUCAUACUUGUUGAUAUACGUUUAAUAUGUAUCCAAAUACUUUCGUUGCAUAGAUGUUUCCCCUUGAUGAUAUAGAGAAGCCAAUAUAUUUGAGUAGGAAACUAAGACGAUAGUGAUUCUCAGUGGUCUGUGCAGCGUGUGUUUCUUUGUGUGUGUGUGUGUGUGUGCGUGUGUGUAUGUGUGUGUGUGUGUGUGUGUGUGCGUGCGUGCGUGCGUGUGUGUGUAUAGAAAUGUCAUAUAAGUUAAUUUGAUAUAUCCCAUGUUAAAUGUCCAGGGUUCCUGUUUUGGGAGUUCUACUUAAGAGAAUCUUGCAAUUUGCACAUCUGGUGAGGUAGUCAGUUGGGUGACAUGACUUUCUAGCUGUGUAUGAAAUGGCGCCCUCUUCCCUAUAUAGUGCACUGAGCAAAAGUAGUGCACUAUAUAGGGAAUAGAAUGCCAUUUCAGAUACACCUAUGUUUUCAGCCAGGUUGCACACACAAACACACACACUCACACAAACACACAGUGAGCGGAAACCAUAGAGAUAGGUAGAGGACUCAUCUUUGUAUCGGUGCCAUUAUAGUGUCUGUGACAGCCUCAAUGGCGCUGUCCAUGCUAUCUCCAUUUUAAAGUAGUCAAUUGUCAUCUUCACUAUUGGCUGGUCCCUCCUGAUGACCCAGUUGGACAUGACUCCAACAGGGUCACCAGGAGGCAUCAUCCAAUGAAGUUGGAAGUCCCACCCAGUUGACUACAUUAAAAUGUUGGAAUCCCUCAAUGGCGCUACCCAUGCUAAUACGACCUUUUGGCCACUAGAGGCCUCUAUCAUUCUCUAUGGCUGAAACCCCAUUUUACUGAAAUGUAGCAGUUACUUAACAAGUGCGCUCCCUGCUGAUUGGCUCUGAUAAUCUUGACUCUGCUCCUCAUUGGACAACCACACUGUCAAUCACAUCUGUGGCAUGUCCAAGUCCCACCCACUUGUUGGGGGUUUGGUUGAGAGACAGUGUGGAGAUGUGUCGGUCGGUCUUGGAGCCGGGGGCGGGGCCACCAGCAGGUACACCUGUUGAGCUCUCUGAUUGGACUAGAUGUUCAGGUGUGUUUAGGUGGUAGAAGAUGUGGCAGAGUAGGAGAAGUAUGUAGAAGUUGCUUUUAGCCACUGAUGUAGGUUCAGAUGAUGAGUUGAUCCUCCUAAAGGUUCGUGUUAGGUGUGGGUGUAGGGGAAUCUGAUCCUAGAUCUGUGGUUAAGAGGAACUCCUACCUGGAGGGUGCGGGUGAUUGCCGUGGUGAUGGACAGAUGGUUGUGUGACUUGGACGGAUGGACGGAUGGAUGGUAAAGUCAGAUGGAUGGUGGUGGCGGUGGUGGGGAGUGAGUAGACACCCUGUAUAAGAUUUGAAAAUGCUUUAUUGUUUUGAAUAAAACAGGGUUUCUCAGAUCAACACCACGGCAGUGCAUCUUCAUUUUUUCUUUUAUAACAUUCUUUGACUAUGUCUUCUAGAGCUAGUUUCUGUGUGUGUGUGUGUGUGUGUGUGUGUGUGUGUGUGUGUGUGUGUGUGUGUGUGUGUGUGUGUGUGUGUGUGUGUGUGUGUGUGUGUGUGUGUGUGUGUGUGUGUGUGUGUGUGUGUGUGUGUGUGAGUGUGUGUGUGUUUGUGUGUGUGUGUGUGUGUGUGUGUGUGUGUGUGUGUGUGUGUGUGUGUGUGUGUGUGUGUGUGUGUGUGUGUGUGUGUGUGUGUGUGUGUGUGUGAGUCUUUUUGCAAGGACUGGAUGGAUAUAAUGUUUUUUUUUGCUUCUAGAGCUUCACCUUGGUAAAAUAGCAGAUAUUUAAACCGUUGCAUAUAUGGUUUUGCAUUCAUACACAUUGAACCAAAAUGAGACCCUGGUUAAGUCUUGUUCUAACUGACUAACCCCUACCUAAAUGGGACAAUUCAGUAAAACAACGACACACACUUACACCCCUCACCAAUCAAAACCUUUCAGGUAAAGUUUUCUAGUGCAAAUGUAAAGCAUCACGGCAGGGGUGUGGCGGCUGCUUUCCAAUAGUUAGACAACAAGCAUCUAGCCAGCAUAUGUGUAACUGUGGAUUUGAGGGGUGAAACUGUGUCUCUAGAGAUGGGGGGUGAAGCUGUGUCUCUAGAGAUGGGGGGUGAAGCUGUGUCUCUAGAGAUGGGGGGUGAAACUGUGUCUCUAGAGAUGGGGGGUGAAACUGUGUCUCUAGAGAUGGGGGGUGAAACUGUGUCUCUAGAGAUGGGGGGUGAAGCUGUGUCUCUAGAGAUGGGGGGUGAAGCUGUGUCUAUAGAGAUGGGGGGGGGAAGCUGUGUCUCUAGAGAUGGGGGGUGAAACUGUGUCUCUAGAGAUGGGGGGUGAAACUGUGUCUCUAGAGAUGGGGGGUGAAACUGUGUCUCUAGAGAUGGGGGGUGAAGCUGUGUCUAUAGAGAUGGGGGGGGAAGCUGUGUCUCUAGAGAGCCAUUAACAAACCAGCCUAGUCAUUUUAGCACCUUUCACUUCCUAUUAAGAUGUUGCAGUUGCACAGCCUGCCAUUCAGAGAAUUCAGGGAGAUUCUCACAUAUGCAGUGACAGACAGUCCAAUAUGGACUACAGUGCCCAUAAUGCUACACCCACUAGUGUAGCAUUUAACCUCUGACCCCUAGUUCAGGUACCCAUGACGACCCCAUAGCCAUCCAGCCUCUCUCAUACACUCACUAGAACCUCAGCAGCAAGUUAGUUAGUGUAACCUCGGCAACCGCUAUCUACCUUCUAUAUGGCAUGGCCUUAUAGACUGAGUGUUCAAAAUAUAACAUGACUUAGACUGACCAGGUACGGCAGGCAGUAGGUGCAAGGCGCACUGGUUUGUGUGAAGAACUGGAACGCUGCCAGGGUUUUUCAUGCUAAACAGUUUCCUGUGUGUGUCAAGAAUAGUCCACCACCCAAAGGACAUCCAGCCAACUUGACACAACUGUAGGAAGCAUUGGAGUCAACAUGGGCCAGCAUUCCUGUGGAACAUUUUUGACACCUUGUAGAGUCUAUGGGGGCGCAACUAAGUGUGUGUGUGUAUAUAUAUAUAUAUAUGUAGAAGGUGUUCUUAAUGUUUUGUACACUCAGUGUAUGUGCAACUGCCUAUUUCUUCCCCCAGCACAGUUUCCUUUCACUCUCUAGUUCCCACACACACAGUCACGCUGUAUUUUUGUUUAGAGACAUAUUAAGUAACAGUGUUCAUGCUCCAGUGGAAAUUGUUGCGUGUUGAGAUCAGUGUGACGGGAACCCAGAGAUUCAGCUGGUUAAACACACAGGAAUCCACAUCCGCCCCAUCCUCGAUAUCAGCUUAGCUCAGCUUCACAAUCAAAGCAGUGUGUCAAGUUAGUUGAAGGGGUGAGAGGCCUAGUGGACAGGGUCAGGUUAGUUGGGUUGGUGAAAGGCCUAGUGGACAGGACACGGUCAGGUUAGUCGGAGGGGUGAGAGGACUACUGGACAGGGUCAGAGGCCUAGUGGACAGGGUCAGAGGUCCGAGACCUAGUGGACAGGGUCAGAGGUCCGAGACCUAGUGGACAGGGUCAGAGGUCAGAGGCCUAGUGGACAGGGUCAGAGGUCAGAGGCCUAGUGGACAGGACAGGGUCAGAGGCCUAGUGGACAGGGUCAGAGGCCUAGUGGACAGGGUCAGAGGUCCGAGACCUAGUGGACAGGGUCAGAGGUCAGAGGCCUAGUGGACAGGACAGGGUCAGAGGCCUAGUGGACAGGGUCAGAGGCCUAGUGGACAGGGUCAGAGGUCCGAGACCUAGUGGACAGGGUCAGAGGUCAGAGGCCUAGUGGACAGGGUCAGAGGUCAGAGGCCUAGUGGACAGGGUCAGAGGUCAGAGGCCUAGUGGACAGGACAGGGUCAGGUUUGUCGGAGGGGUGAGAGGACUACUGGACAGGGUCAGAGGUCAGAGGUCAGAGGCCUAGUGGACAGGGUCAGAGGUCCGAGACCUAGUGGACAGGACAGGGUCAGGUUUGUCGGAGGGGUGAGAGGACUACUGGACAGGGUCAGAGGUCAGAGGCCUAGUGGACAGAACAGGUAGAUUGUAGAGGGCAGGACUCAAAGUAAGGGCCAUGCAGUCAGGAGAUUUAGCAUAAUGUAUAUUAAAUAUAGUGGACUGCUAUAAGGUUGUAGUAAGGUUGUAUUAAAGUUGUACUACGGUUGUGGGAGGAUAAAAUACAGUUGUAAUCAGAUGCAGGGGAGAGCAGAUCUUGUGGCAACUACACAUUGGUAGUCUGCCGUUAUUUUUUAUUUCUAGUUCAGGAAAUCCCAGGUAGUCACCGUUGUUAUCAGGAUAAUGAUUCCUGUUGCCUUUGGAAUCAUACUGUAUGUGCAGUAGUUGUCUUUGUUGAUCAUUUUUCUCUCCAAAGUGUGUGUAGCAUUGUCCGUACCCCUUUACUGGGGCCCUAAAAUAUCUUCAAUCUCAUUAGACUCACACUAGACUGAUUCAGGAAGGAUUAGUGCAGAGUAGGUGAAUGAAAAUGGAGAUGGACAGGGCGUGUUGUCUGUGUGUGUAGCUGAAACCAGACAGGAUAUGCUGGCCUACCGCUAUGUAGAAGUCUGUCUCUGACCUCACUGAAUGGAAUUCUUUGUCAGUCAACGCUCCAGCUAGCAGUUCAUUUGUAGUCGGGCUCUCUAUUUCAACAAGCUGGAUACUGUAAAUUCUACAUUCUGCAGUCCAGGAAAACUAUGUCAGUCCCAAAAAAGUUGUAUAAAAUAAAAAUAUGGGGGGGAAAAGGUGGAUGUCAGAAAGGAAGACAGAGACAGGCUCUUGGCUAGGGAGAGGUGUACUGUACUUGGGGUUGCAAAGCUACUGGUAAUUUAAAAAGGUUACCGGAAUCUUCAGUAAUUUUGGUAAUUAACAGAAAAUGUAUGUCAAUCUAUCGUAACUUUGGUAAUUUAUACUUGAAUAACUUUUUAAAAAAGGUAUUCAUAUAUAGUAUUAAUUGUAUUUAUAUCUGUGUCCAUAUUGUCCAUGAGUUUCUGGUAGAUAGACCAUAUGGUUCAAGAAAAAAUUGCCUAAUUAAUGAAGAAAGCGUCUAAUCAACAAUGGCAGUAUUUAAAAUGAACUCUGCAACUCUGCCAACUAGUGGCUUUCUUUACAACUGACUCCAGUGUGACACCAAAACAUUGACAACAAAUACAUAUUGACAUAGUCUACUAAAUGAAAGUGUGUAAAAAACAAAAUUAUAGAUAUUUCAUAUUUUCAUACUGAAACGCCAAUGUUAUUCUCUAAAUUGAUGGUUUAUAUUUAAGAUGAUGUUUUACAGCUUUUUCAUAUUUAAAAAAAAUAUAUAUAUAUUAUUAUUAUUUAAUAUAUUUCACAUGUGAUAAGGCCAGCGAGAGGGCCAGAGAUAAUAACAGAUGUGAUAAGGCCAGCGAGAGGGCCAGAGAUAAUAACAGACGUGAUAAGGCCAGAGAUAAUAACAGACAUGUGAUAAGGCCAGAGAUAAUAACAGACAUGUGAUAAGGCCAGAGAUAAUAACAGACAUGUGAUAAGGCCAGCGAGAGGACCAGAGAUAAUAACAGACAUGUGAUAAGGCCAGCGAGAGGCCCAGAGAUAAUAACAGACAUGUGAUAAGGCCAGAGAUAAUAACAGACAUGUGAUAAGGCCAGAGAUAAUAACAGACAUGUGAUAAGGCCAGUGAGAGGACCAGAGAUAAUAACAGACAUGUGAUAAGGCCAGAGAUAAUAACAGACAUGUGAUAAGGCCAGCGAGAGGGCCAGAGAUAAUAACAGACACAUGUGAUAAGGCCAGCGAGAGGGCCAGAGAUAAUAACAGACACGUGAUAAUCUGAAAUACCCCAAAGGGCCACCAGAUGUCUGGUGAUAAAUGACAUAAAAUCCUUGAAAGAUACCAAAAAUCUGGUAGGUUACUGGUAAAAUGUGAAAGUUUCCAGUAAUAUACCCUUCAUUUGCAACCUUAACUGUACUUGCUUGGAGAGACAUUCUUGGGAUGCUUGCGGUGUAGUGUGUAGUGAGAGGUGGUAUGAUGGUAGUACUAUGAUAGGUCAGGUGGAUUUCUGCUGUUUAUAAAGCCUCUGCUGAAAUAAGGAACUUGACUGUUUCAGAAGGAAGAUGGACGUUGUGUACUGGUACUCUGGCCUGGCCUCAGCCCAGUUUAUACUGUCUGGUGUGGUGAUUGACAUGUUUGACGAAGCAUAGUUACAUACAGGUACAUGGAUAUAUAUAUAUGUGUGUGUGUGUGUGUGUGUGUGUGUGUGUGUGUGUGUGUGUGUGUGUGUGUGUGUGUGUGUGUGUGUGUGUGUGUGUGUGUGUGUGUGUGUGUGUGUGUGUGUGUGUGUGUGUGUGUGUGUGUGUGUGUGAUGUUCUCUCCUAUGGACUCUGAUCACUAGCUCUAACACUCAUAAGGUUCACAGAGAAAAGACAGAUAACAGUCAUUAUUACCUCGUGUAUUAGUGGGGACCACUUUUGUAAAACCAACCAAUAAAGAUGCACAUAGUCGACUAACAGCGUAGACUUGAUACUGUUUCCAGCACUUUCUAAACCCAGAGGAACGGAUCUGGUCUAAACCCUCAGACCAAGGCCUUUCCCAGAGGUAUAACAUUCAUUCAAUUCAGACAGAGAAUGAAUGGGAGAGAGAGAGAGAGAGAGAGAGACAUGGGAGAGAUUGUUCAGAUUAAUUUCUUUGCACAUGGCCUGGUUGAAAAACCGUAGUGUUUCCACUCUUCGCUCCAUUUCGCCUAGCGUCCGACACGUUCUUGGGUCCAACGUGUUGAGACGCGAGGCGGUUUCUUGGUUCCGUGUUUCUAAACAGAAGGGCCUUUUUCAUGGACACACCCACUUUUCUGUGUUCAAUUUGGUCCUAUAGUAUAAAAGACCUUUGGUUUCUUUAUUAAUUUACUUUUUUCGGAAUAGAUGGGUUAGCUGACAACGUCAUGAACACUAUGGGCAUGCUUCAAAGGGGCAGAAGUCCAUGUGUUGUGGUUCUGGAUGGCCAGAUAGCUAGCAACAAUGACAAGAAGAUUCCAUGUGUUGUGGUUCUGGAUGGCCAGAUAGCUAGCAACAAUGACAAGAUUCCAUGUGUUGUGGUUCUGGAUGGCCAGAUAGCUAGCAACAAUGACAAGAAGAUUCCAUGUGUUGUGGUUCUGGAUGGCCAGAUAGCUAGCAACAAUAACAAGAAGAUUCCAUGUGUUGUGGUUCUGGAUGGCCAGAUAGCUAGCAACAAUGACAAGAAGAUUCCAUGUGUUGUGGUUCUGGAUGGCCAGAUAGCUAGCAACAAUGACAAGAAGAUUCCAUGUGUUGUGGUUCUGGAUGGCCAGAUAGCUAGCAACAAUGACAAGAAGAUGCCAUGUGUUGUGGUUCUGGAUGGCCAGAUAGCUAGCAACAAUGACAAGAAGAUUCCAUGUGUUGUGGUUCUGGAUGGCCAGAUAGCUAGCAACAAUGACAAGAAGAUGCCAUGUGUUGUGGUUCUGGAUGGCCAGAUAGCUAGCAACAAUGACAAGAAGAUUUCAUGUGUUGUGGUUCUGGAUGGCCAGAUAGCUAGCAACAAUGACAAGAAGAUGCCAUGUGGGGAAUCGUAGGUGGUUCGUUUCAGCAAGUUUUAUCUUGUUCUUGAUACAAUGUCUUGUUUUGACUGAUGUCACAUCUAUGCUAAUAUGGCAAAAAUUUGCUAGCUAGCUAACCAACAACUGUAACGAUGUAUUUGAGAGACAACACGUGCUCAUUGUGCAAAUAUAUUUAAGUUUUCAAAAAACAAUAGGGACAAAAUAUAGUUUACAUGUUAUCAACAAUCUAAGCCAACCCCGUCUGUUCUGCCCCAUAGUUGCGCACGCGCGCGUUUUGUUGCUAAACAACCAACCCGUCUAUAGGACCUUUUCCGGUUUCCACUAAUUACCAGAGCCACAAAGUAAAUAUUGGCUAUAAAAUGCAUGUAAACACAAAUGACCUUUUUAUUCUUAAUUUGAGGUUAGGCAUAAGGUUAGCAGUGUGAUUAAGGUUAGGGUUAGGUUUAAAAUCCCAUUUUAAGAAGAUCAUUUGUUGAAAUGGGUGGGGCUUAUGACUUUGUGACUGUGGUAACUAGUGACAACCACCUUUUCCUUGUGUUGGUCUCCUUUGUAGCACUCGAGACGUGAAUGGACGUCUGUUUAGGGAAUGUGUCAUGUGACUUUCUGAUAAGCCUCCUCAUUGGAGGAGCACACCCAGCUGACCUUGUCUGUUUUUAUUGGCUUAUUUACUUCUUGCACAAAUAUCUAAUAAAAUGAAUGUUGGUUUGAGCUUCAGCGUUUCAAAAUGAAAA